AUGUAUUUGUUAACAAUAUUUAUUUGGGUUUUAUUGGUUAAUUAUAUGAAUUGUGAUGAGACUAAGUAUCAACAUGCUGAAAUUCGUGCUCGUUUGUCAAAAGCGAAAUCAAUUCGAGAUGCUUUGGUUGUUCUUAAAAGUUCAGGCAAAAAGGGUCGUAUGGCAUUACUUUCUCCUGAGUUAUUAAAAAAAGAACAACAAGAUAUUCAAAAUACUGCUCAACAAUUGAGUAGAGAUGCACAUUCAACAAUUGAACCUCGAAAUGGUGGUUGUGAACCUCGUGUUAUAUGUGAAGAAGUACCUGUUGAUCGUGCAUCGAAUAAUAAUAUGGUAUCAUUUCCACAAUGUCUUGAAGUACAUCGAUGUGGUGGUUGUUGUCAAGAACCUCAGUUUCCUUGUGUACCUGUUCGACAAGAACCAGUCACAUUUAGUCCAUUAUUAUUAAUUUCUUUGGAUGAUACAGAUCGAUAUGAAGUUAAUCGUCCAUUAACAAUAAUGAAUCAUACACAAUGUGAAUGUAAAUGUAGUAAAACAGAAGAUCAAUGUCAUCGCGAAGGCAAAACACUUGAUUCAACAUUAUGUCAAUGUAUUCAACCACGUUGUACACCUGAAUGUCUUAUAUCAUCAACAUGUUCAAUAGUACCUGGUAGUAAUAUACCACGUUGUGCUUGCCGUCGCCGUAUACAAGGACAAAUAAGUAAUUAUUGUUCAGCUGCCAAUCAACGACCAAAUUCAAUGUGCACACGUUGUGAGACAAUUAGUGGUUAA